AUGUUGAAACCUUUCCAUUGUCGCAAUCUGAUCUUCAUCUUUCCCAUUAUCUUCUUUGUGAUCUUGCUAUCAUGGACUUGGGGAAGAUUAGGUCAGUCAGUGGACCUUGAUUGUAAAGAGAGAAAGAUCAUUUACAAAACAGAUGAAUCCCUAAAGACUUCCACAAGCUUGAUUAACAAUGAGGAGAAAGACCUCCUUGUCCUUGUAUGGGUCUGGCCUUUUGGAGAACCAUUCCCAUUAGACACUUGUCAGAAUGUUUAUGGUAUUCCUGGGUGCAAAUUAACAGCAAACAGGAGUUUAUACAACAUUGCGGAUGCUGUGGUCAUGCACCAUGUGGAUAUCAUGUAUGAUGAGAAAUCUUUGCCACAACAACCAAGGCCUCAUUAUCAACGUUGGGUAUGGUUCAACAUGGAACCUCCAUUGAUUAUUAAAAAUCUGCAUUUCCUGGAUAACCUAUUUAACAUGACUAUGACAUUCCGGCAGGACUCUGAUGUCUACAGACCCUAUGGACGAGUUGAAGCCUUGAGAGAACCUAGUAACUUCAUCAUCCCAGCCAAGUCUAAAUUGGUCUCUUGGGUGGUUAGUAAGUGGUAUCCGGGUGUCCGGCGCAAUGUCUACUAUGAGGAGCUGAAGAAAUACAUUCCAAUUGAUGUCUAUGGGAAGAAACACAUGAAAUUGUCCUGGGAUGACUUCUAUCAAACCAUCUCCCAGUACAAAUUUUACCUGGCCUUUGAAAAUUCCAUCUAUAAGGAUUAUAUUACUGAGAAACUGUGGUCGAAUGCCUACGACUCUUGGGCUGUUCCCAUUGUAUUAGGGACCUCUCGUAAAAACUAUGAGCGUUUUCUGCCUGGAGAUGCUUUUAUUCAUGUAGAUGAUUUCCCAAGCGCAAAGGACCUAGCGUCUUAUCUUCUAGAGUUGGAUAAAGAUAACAAAAGAUACCUGAAGUACUUUCUCUGGAGAUCUCAAUACCGUGUGGUAAGAGAAACUGGGUGGGAUAACCACUACUGCAAAGCCUGCCGGGUUCUGCGCCAGGCUCCAUAUUACCAAGUUAUCCCUAGUGUGGAAAAGUGGUUUUUAGAAGACAUAUAA